UUCAUCAAGGUCCCUUUACAUUAAUACCCUCCAAAAUCCUCUGUUUUAAUUUUUUCCCCAAACUAAAAGCACAAAAACUCCAUAGACCAAAAAAAAAUGGAGUAUUACAAUGACAAUGGCUUCUUAGAAGAAUUGUUAUCUCUAAGAAGUGACUCAUGGGAUACUACAAGUAUAGUCCCUAUGGAAAUGUCUGAUUUUUACAACAAUGUCCUCAAUUAUGAUUCAUCAUGUUUAGUUGAAAAUAAUAAUAUUCCACUUCCUUGUUCUACUACUUCCAAUUCCUUUGAAGGCUAUUCAUGUAAUUUUCCAUUUGACCAACAAAGUUUGAUAAAUUGUAGUACUUCAUUUUAUAGCCCAUUUUGUGAUGAAUUGUCUCCACCAUCUUCAUUCCCUUCUCAAGAAGAUUUCUCAUCAAUUUUGGAUGAUGAAGUGGGGAACUAUAGUUUCCAAAAUGUGGAAAUGGGGAAUAAUAAUAAUAACAAUAAUGUUGUUAUUCCUUGUAAAUUGGAGGAAAUUCAAGUAUGUGAAGGUGCAGGUGGAGUAGGUGGAGCUUCAAGUUUCAAUAUUGGUUUGUACCCUGAAAUUAGAAAGACAAAAUCAAAGAAAAUAGAUGGACAACCUUCAAAGAAUUUAAUGGCUGAGAGAAGAAGAAGGAAAAGGCUUAAUGAUAGACUCUCUAUGCUUAGAUCAGUUGUUCCAAAGAUAAGCAAGAUGGACAGAACUUCAAUACUUGGGGAUACUAUAGACUACAUGCAGGAAUUGCUAGAGAAAAUCAAUAAUUUGCAAGAAGAAAUGGAUCUAGGACCAAAUCAGCUAAGCUUGAUGAGCAUUUUCAAAGAUGUAAAACCCAAUGAAAUGCUUGUGAGAAAUUCACCUAAGUUUGAUGUGGAAAGGAGAGGUGUUGAUACAAAAGUUGAGAUAUGUUGUGCAGGGAAGCCUGGUCUAUUGUUAUCAACAGUGACCACACUAGAGGCUUUAGGCCUAGAGAUUCAACAGUGCGUAAUUAGCUCCUUUAGUGAUUUUGCAAUGCAAGCUUCUUGUUCUGAGGAAAUGGAGCAGAGAGGAGUUGUGAAUUCAGAAGACAUAAAGCAAGCCUUGUUCAGAAAUGCUGGAUAUGGAGGAAGGUGUCUGUAGGCCAUGUAGACUAAAUAUAGAAGGAAAAAAAAUUGGAUGAGUUUUUUUUUUAUUUUUUUGGUUACUUGGUAGAUUCUUUGGAUUUGUGCAUUUGGACAAGUUAGGAUUUUUUUUCUCAUCAAAGUGAAGUUGUAGUA